AAACCCUCGGAUUAUUCGAAUAUUUUUCAUAAUGAAGGAUUAUGGCCCGAUCGCCGCAUUUUCGAAACUAACCUUUAUCAUCGUGAAAAACAUCGGCCCGAAUUGUUUAAGGGAGUCGAGGGUAUUGUAUCCACAUCUGGUGAAAAAUGGGCGAAAAUGCGUACGGCUGUGAAUCCGAUACUCAUGCAACCGAAAAAUGCCAAGCUGUAUUUGAAUACGCUAUUGGAUAUUAAUGAUGAGUUCCUAGAAAGAAUACGGCACAUACGCGAUCCCAGCACCUUGGAAGUUCCCGGUGGUUUCCUCGAUGAUAUUAAUCGCCUCGCUUUUGAGGGAAUAGCAGGCAUUGCGCUGAAUACACGACUCGGUUUAAUACACAAAAAUCGUGAUACGGCCGAGUGUGAAACGAUCAUGAAGUGCGUACGCAAUUUCUUUUUACUCUUCGAAGAGCUAGAGAUGAAACCUUCCAUGUGGAAAUAUGUGAAAACACCGAAAUUUUAUGAUAUGAUGAAGACUCUGGACACAAUGACGGACAUCUGCAAUAAGUACAUUAACGAAGCGCUAACGCGCAUUGAGCACGACAGUGAGGGCAACCUCACAUCGGAGCUGGGCAAUGAAAAGAGCGUGUUGGAGAAAUUAGUGCGCGUGGAUAAGAAAUUUGCCGUAGUAAUGGCGCUGGAUAUGAUGAUAGCUGGUAUUGAUACGACUAGCUCCACUUUGACAGGUCUACUGUUAUGCAUUGCCAAGAAUCCGGAUAAACAACAGAAGCUAUUUGAGGAAAUUCAGCAAAUACUGCCGGAAAAGGAAUCGCAGGUGACGACUCAAAAUAUGCAAAAUCUGCCUUACCUGCGUGCCUGCAUCAAAGAAGGCAUACGCUGUUAUCCCAUAUUUCCGGGUACGGUGCGUCGUUUGCCCAACGAUGUAGUGCUGAGCGGCUAUCGUAUACCUGCGGGUACCGACAUCUCCGUCAGCGCCAACCUGUUGAUGCAUGAUGAACGCUACGUGCCACAGCCGGAUAAAUUCAUACCGGAACGUUGGCUGCGUAACGAUCAAUCCGCCCAAACUUUGGAGGGGCAAAUUACCAAUCCAUUUUUGUAUGUACCCUUCGGCUUUGGUCCACGUAGUUGCGUGGGCAAGCGUAUCGUCAAUUUGGAGCUAGAAAUCACUUUGGCACGUUUGGUGCGGAAUUUCCAAAUUGAGUUUAACUAUCCGACCGAAAAUGCAUUCGCUGUGAAGUUCGUGAGCGUGCCGCAAAUUCCGCUCAAAUUCAAGUUCAUCGAGAGAGGAGCGUAGUAUUGGACAUGAAAAUUAGUGAGAACUAGUUACAAAUCGCAUAUAUUAUAUGUUAUUAUUAAAAUAAAAAAAAAUACUGAACAA